CGGCAAAUCAUUUAUUCCCAUCCAAUUGCUCUCCCCACCCUUUCCCCCACCUUCUAUUGUUCUCAAGAAUGAAACUGUUCUUUCCGUACGACUCCGGCGCCCGGGCCCUCUACCAAAUGAUACCUCCGCCACCCCCACUUUCCCCCACUCUGAGCCGUAUACAAGGCGUACCUCCACUUUGAUAAACCUCCACCAUCCAUCGGAUAAGUCGGCACGCGAAUUCGCCGAGACCUGCAUUCUGACCCGCUUCACGAUUCGUUCGUGCACGGCAGGAAGGGAAUCGUCUAUCAGAUGGGGUCUGCGUUUUCCGUGUAAAAGCAUCCAGCCUUGACCUUCUUAUACAGCCAUCUAUCCCUCGAAGCAUCUACAAACGACAUCCAUGUCAACAUUCACUCCCCUUUCCCUCUACUCCCUCCCCUCCAAGUCAGCCCUCGUGGACGAGUUUGUGGGACAACCGCUCUCAGCUCUUCGUACACCUGCGCUCAUAGUUGACCGUAAGAAAUUCAAGGACAACUGUGAAAGAGUUGCUAGCAAUGCCAAAGAGAGAGGAAUGAAAUUUAGGGCACAUGUGAAGACGCACAAGACUACAGAGGGGACGAGGAUGCAGGUAGAAGCUGCAGGAGGGGUCAAGGCCACCAUUGCAUCCACAAUGGUAGAAGUUUGGCAGAUUGUUGAAGCGGGUCUUGUGAAUGAGGGUCUGGUAAACGACAUUUUGUACUCCAUGCCUAUAAGUGCCGACAAGCUGGAAGAUAUCAACUCUGUCCAAGAGAUAGUGGGAGCUCAGGCCACUAUCCGCUUAAUGGUAGACCAUGCAGAACAGAUCAGGAUUUUGCAGUCAUUCAGCCAGAAAAUUCAGAGACCUGCCAGAUGGUCAGUCUUUGUCAAAGUCGACGGUGGUGGAAAACGGGCAGGUGCUCCGGCGGAAAGUGAGCAAAUGAAAGAGCUUAUUCAAGCUCUCGUUGAAUCUCAAGACUAUGUCGAGAUCUUUGGCUUCUACUCUCAUUUCGGGCAAUCGUAUGCCUCCGAUUCCCUUUCAGCUGGGUCGUCCUACUUCGCUGGCGAGAUUAACUGUGUUCAGACAGCAGCAAAGAUUGCUAGGAACCUAGGUGCCAAAGGGAAAUGGACGUUGUCAGUCGGUGCUACACCAACAGCCCAUGCAGCUGUCCAAGAAGCUGUCAAAGAGCACGGUCCUCUUGAAGGAGAGCUUGAACUACAUGCAGGCUGCUACUGUAUGUGUGACCUUCAGCAAUGUGCCACUUCCCUCGUCUCUUACUCAGACGUGGCGAUUUCUGUUCUGGGUCGAGUCGUCUCCGUUUAUCCCUUGAGAAAGGAAGCGAUGUGCGAUGUUGGUGCACUUUCAGUAUCCAAAGAUACCGGCAGGUUCACUGGGUUCGGUCGAGUUGUGAAACCUGACUACGCUACGGGCUGGGACCUUGGAAGGAUCAGUCAAGAGCAUGGGACACUUGUACACCGUCAGGGGGAGGAUAUCAAAGAAGGAAACGAGCUCAAGAUUGGGAACUCUGUGCAAAUCAUCCCUCAACAUGCGUGCUUAGUCUGUGCUUGCUUCCCUUGGUUGUACGUGGUGGAUGAUGGGGGUAAUGAAGUCGUGGAUGUUUGGGUUCCUUGGAAGGGAUGGUAGCUGAAGUACGGUAAAAAGACAAGUAUUGCAUCAGAUGGAGCAUGCACUAUAACAA